AGAGAGAGAGAGUGAGAGAGAGAGAGAGAGACAGAGACAGAGAGUUUGGUGACAGAAAGUGAAAUCUGGGUUUUUAUUCUGUACUGAGUUCUGAGCAGAUGUGCAUAGUACUCCAGCUGUGGAAUUAAACCCGGAUAUAACUGUGGAUUAAUCUGAAUUGAAUUUCAGACAGGUAAACUUGGAGACUUUGCACUUUUGGAGCUGAUUAACUCCAGGUAUUAGGACAAACUCGUAGUCUUUUUUUUUUUUUUGCACUUUCUUUCUUUUUUGUUUGUUUGUUUGUUUGUUUUCUUCUUCACCUUCAUCCUCAGCAGCAGGAUGAGUCAAUGGAAACAAAUCCAGCAGCUGGACAUGAAGUUCUUGGAGCAGGUGGAUUAUUUUUAUGAUGAUAAAUUUCCCAUGGAGCUGAGACAGGUGCUGGCGAGCUGGAUCGAAAGUCAGGACUGGGAAACAGCGAUGAAUCAUGAGGCCAUGGCCAUGGUGCUCUUCAACAACUUCCUGACCCAGCUAGAGAGUCACUGCACUCAGGAGCCGAACUUCCUGCACCGACACAACCUGAAGAGAAUAUUCCAGCAGAUACAGCUGAAAUACAAAGCCCACCCUCAGCACCUGUCAGCCGUGAUCUCCAACUGUCUGCGAGAGGAGAGACGCAUCAUAUCAGCCGCCAGCAUGCAGGAGCAGCUUGCCAUCUUAGCACAUAACAUCCCCUGCCCAUCAUGCUGUUGUCAGGGUCCACUGGAGAAGUCGAUGCAAAACUCGGCAGCUUUGGAGAAGCAGAAGAACCUGGACAACAAAGUGGCCGUGAUCCGUAGCAGUGUGCAGCUUCUGGACCAGGCUGUAAAGUAUCUGGAGGACAUGCAGGACGAUUUCGACUUUCGCUACAAAACCCUCCAACUUCGAGACCCAGUGGAGAGAAACUCUCAGAACAUGAAGCAAGAAGUCAUGACCCUUCAGGAAAUACUCAACCGUCUGGACUUCAAAAGGAAGGAGAUUUUGUCCAAAAUGGGAGACGUGUUGAAGGAGAUAGACAGCCUGAUUGUCUCUCAGCUGAUGCCUGAGCUGCAGGCGUGGAAACGUCGGCAGCAGAUCGCCUGCAUCGGAGGCCCGGUCCUCGCCGGACUCGACCAGCUCCAGAACUGGUUCACCAUGAUGGCCCAGAGUCUGUUCCAGAUCAAACGGCAGCUGGACAAGCUGGGCGAGCUGAUCGUGAAAGUGACGUACGAGAGUGACCCCAUCCCUCUGCAGAGACCUCAGAUGGAAGAACAAGUCAAAUAUCUAAUAUAUCACCUCAUCAAGAGUUCGUUUGUUGUGGAGAAGCAGCCGUGUAUGCCUACACACCCUCAGAAACCGCUCAUCAUUAAAACUCAGGUGCAGUUCACCACUAAAGUCAGAUUGUUGGUUAAACUACCUGAAGUGGAUUAUCAGCUUAAAGUGAAGACAACGUUCGACAAGGACCUCCCAGCCGGCAAAGUUACCAGGCAGUUCUUCAUCCCCACGAACAACACGAAAGUGAUGGAUGUAGAAGAGUCGUCGAACGGAUGUUUAUCGGUGGAGUUCAGACAUCUGCUGAAAGAGAAGAAAUUUACUAACGGAACCAAAGGAAACGAGGGUCCGCUCACAGUGACGGAGGAGCUCCACUCGCUCAGCUUUGAGGCCAUGCUGUGUUUGCAGGGGCUGGAUAUUGACCUGGAGACUUGCUCUCUGCCGUUGGUGGUGAUCUCCAACGUCAGCCAGCUGCCUGCAGGCUGGGGCUCGGUCAUGUGGUAUAACCUCCUGACAGAUGAUCCGAAGAACCUGGCGUUCUUCAGUAAUCCACCCAGAGCCAGCUGGAGCCAACUCUCAGAGGUCAUCAGCUGGCAGUUCUCCAGUUUCGCUGGUCGUGGACUUAAUAAAGAGCAGCUGAGCAUGCUGGGAGAUAAACUUCUGGGUCAACACGCCUCAUAUAACGACUGUCAGGUGUCCUGGUCCAAAUUCUGCAAGGAAAACAUUCCAGGGAAGUCGUUCAGUUUCUGGCUGUGGCUCGACUCCAUCCUGGAGCUCAUUAAGAAACAUUUACUUCCUGUUUGGAUUGAUGGAUACAUCAUGGGGUUCGUCAGUAAGGAGAUGGAGCGCGCUCUGCUGAAGGACCGGGAGUCCGGAACGUUCCUGUUGCGCUUCAGCGAGAGUCACCUCGGAGGAAUCACCUUCACCUGGGUGGAGCAGGACAACGGUGAGGCGAAGUUCAUCUCUGUGGAGCCGUAUACCAAAAACCGUCUCAGCGCACUUCCCAUCGCCGAUAUCAUACGAGAUUAUAAGGUUAUUGCGGACGGGAUCGUCCCUGAGAACCCGCUGAAGUUCCUUUAUCCCGACAUUCCUAAAGACGAAGCUUUCGGGAAACAUUACAACAGUCAGCCGAACAGAGUUUGUCCGUACAUCCCAACUAUUUUGAUUCCCAUCUCUCUGAACACCACUCCUCCUCCUUGCUCGUCUCCGGAGCCACCGUUAUCCCCGGGAAUGUCGCACAUGCUCAGCCAGCACAUCAGCCCGUAUGAGAUCGAAAGCGUUAUGAGUUCGUUAUAGACGGUCCUGCAUUCCAUCUGCUCCGGCACAAAGAUGUGUGGUGUGUGUGUGUGUGUGUGUGUGUGUGUGUGUGUGUGUGUGUGUGUGCAUACGUGUGUGUGUGUGUGUGUGUGUGUGUGUGUGUGUGUGUAUAAAAUCAUUUAUAAAAAUCUGUCUUUGUUCAGUCCUCCACGUCCAUGUGCACUUCCUCUGUACAUUUUAUGUGAUAAAAAAACCCCGAAAAGCUAGAAUGCACAGAAUUAACUUUUAAAAUCAGAAAAUUUUAUAUAUGUCAAAAAUGUUCGUGUACGGUUAUAUCGCACGGCCCACGGGGUAAUUCGGUGGUACGCGAGUAACGCAUUUAAUCUGUGGCUCCUAAAGGUUUUAAGACGCAUGCUGUGGAACAGGAAUAAAAUCUAAAAUCUAACGAGUCCAAUGCUUACAAUCCAAACAGGUUUUUCUUCACUGAUAAGAGCAUCACUGUGAUGUCCUUGUGCGUGUUUUUCUUUUUUAUUUCUGUUUUGCAGGAAAAUAUGUAAUAUGUUGCCGGCUCGAUGAAUGUACAAUUUUUGAUUCUUUUGCAUUUUCAAUAAAAAUAAUACAACCA